UGCGCCACAGCAUUCUUCCACAUAAUCACAACCAAAACCAACUUGCAAGAAAACAAAAAUGGGGUCCCUAAUGACCUCUGCUUCUCUCACUCUUGCAUUGGCCAUUCUCUUUUUCAAUUUACCAUCUGAAAUUUCAGCAAACCGUCACGAUUCUUAUUCCUCUCCACCACCACCACUAGUACCAGUCUACUCACCACCACCGUCACCGGUCUACUCACCACCACCAUCACCAAUCUACUCACCACCACCAGUUUACUCACCACCUCCACUAGUCUACUCACCACCACCAGUCUACUCACCACCUCCCCCAAAAUACUCAUCACCUCCACCACCAGUUCACACCUACCCUCAUCCACACCCAGUUUACCAUUCUCCACCACCCCCUGCUCACAAGUAUCCUCACCCUCACCCUGUUUACCACUCUCCACCACCACCAGUUCACAAGUACCCUCAUCCUCACCCUAUUUACCACUCUCCACCACCACCCGUUCACAAGUACCCUCAUCCUCACCCUAUUUACCACUCUCCACCACCACCCGUUCACAAGUACCCUCAUCCUCACCCUGUUUACCACUCUCCACCACCACCAGUUCACAAGUACCCUCAUCCUCACCCUGUUUACCACUCUCCACCACCACCAGUUCACAAGUACCCUCAUCCUCACCCUGUUUACCACUCUCCACCACCACCCGUUCACAAGUACCCUCAUCCUCACCCUAUUUACCACUCUCCACCACCACCGGUCCACAAGUACCCUCAUCCUCAUCCUAUUUACCAUUCUCCCCCACCACCAGUGCACACCUACCCCCCUCACAUUCCUCACCCAGUUUACCAUUCUCCUCCACCACCAUACAAGAAGCCUUAUAAGUACCACUCUCCUCCUCCAGUCCAUUCCCCACCUCCACCACACUAUUAUUAUAAAUCACCUCCUCCACCUUACCAUUACUAGAUAGCUGAUACUUGGCAUCACACUAUAUGGAUCUAAACAGAAAGUGUGAAAGCAAAGAAAGCCGUGGACGUUGCAAAAAGAAGAUUGAGGGGAUUCUUCUCACAUAUAUUUCGUCAGUGUUUGAUUAAUAUUGUUAAGAGAGCUGCGUUUAUUUAUUUAAUUUUUGUUUUUUGUUGUAUUAGCACAGCUAUAAGGCACUGCCCCAGCAUCCACGUGUCUGCAGUGGCGUGCAUGCGUUGUAAUUUUCAAAGUUUGGUUUAUCAAGUUGACUGACAAACCAAAUAAAUAUAUUCCCCUGUUCUAGUAA